CUGUUCCGCGAGGAAGUACGAUAGUUUUUGUUAGCAUUCGUUCGCCCGACAAAUUCAUUUCGCGCUAAAGUGUUUUCGUUUCGCAUUUCACUCCUCUUAGCAAGUGGAAUUAAAUUAAACUAGUUUUACUUAUUUAAAGUUACAAUUAUGCAGUUAUCUUUUCUGUGGCAUUGAAACCUAUUUUGAGAAACAAAUAAAUCUUCACAUUUGGUCAAGAGUGCAGUGUGCCCAGCCCAUAAAUUCUACGUAGCAAGUUAAGCCUUUGUCUCACUCACUCCCCUUUUUAAUUCAUCAUCGUUCCCCACUAACUUACCAUUCACAAUUGUGCGUAAACAAAAACAAGUGCAGUGUCCAACUCUUGAAAAAGUUUUUAGUGAUUUAUUUAUUGUUUUUCGUAUCUCCCUUUUAUUUUAUUGUGGUUCCUACUUGCAUAGUUUGUUUAUUGGAUGCAAUUUAUUAAUUGAGAGCAAACAUCAAACACAAUGGAAUUAAACUUCCAACGACUCCGUUAAAACGAUUAAACGAAAAAAAACGAGUGCCUAGUCAAGUCAUUUAAACGACACCAAAGACCAAAGAAAAUAAUAUUGAAUUAUGUACUAUGUGUACAUUUUCAAUAAAUUAAUUUAAAAGAAAUUAUAAUAAUAAUGACGUCAAAGAUGAAUCGCGAUCGGGUGCGAGACCCCCGCGAACAUAUUCUCUUGGAGACAAAUUUCGAAGACGACGGAGUACUAACCCACGCCUAUAAUACACAUCAACUUAAUCGGCAUCGAAGUUCAAACCGAUCGGAUCGCUCCCUGGAUCGAUACUCAGAUCGUGGAUGGAAUAACAAUAGAGGUGACUGCUGUCAAUCAUGCAUGGCGCGAAUACCAUAUGCCACUCUAAUAGCCACCCUCAUGUGUUUACUGGGGGUGGGAAUAUUCUGUGGAACCAUGUAUCGUGGUGCUUCACUCACGAUAAUCAUGAUGGACCAAGUUUUCCACUUGCGGCUUAUAUGGAUUGAGGCCGUGCAGAUGAUAUUCACGAUAAUAGCGGCAGGGAUGGCUGCUCUCGGAUUUAUGAUUCUGUUUGUGGGCUUUCUGGCAACUGGUGCAACGCGCUACAAGGUGUAUCGAGCGUGGCGGUCUCGAGUGGGCGGACGGAUUUCUUGUGCAGUGUUAAUGGGACUGACAUAUUUGUUGAAUUUCGUAUGGACGUUGAUCUUAUGCUUCCUUGUGAUUGUAACAUUCAUUUACACCAUGUUCUGGAAUAUGUGCUCCAGCGUUGAGAGGUCGUUUAGCUGCAUUGACUUGACACAAUUCUAUUUCAUGUUCCCGGCAAGUACGAAAAUCGAAGAAAUGAAAAUCUGCGACAAAUACGAAAUCAAAGCAUUCUGCAAGGAUGGAGUUGAAAAUGCCGAAGUAAUGUUCAUCCUCGCAACUCUGGCAACUCUAUUGGUAAUCCUAAGCUUGGUACAUUAUCUUAUGUGCCUUUCGGCAAACUACGCUCACAUAAGAGAUCAUGAGAAAUUCCAAGAACUUCAAGAAAUUCAAAAUCUUAACGAACUCGAGUACAGCGCCGAAUCAAAAGAUCGUUUCUAGGACAUAUUCCAGAAGAUUCAUUUUGAGCUUAAAUAAAUUUAAACUAAAUUCCAACCUGCCACAAAAAUAAAACCAUUACGUUCAUUUUUAGUUUUCGUUUGUAAUUCCUUUUUGUAUAUUACAAUAAUUUUAAGAUUAAUUUAGUUAUUUUCUUUUUCUUUGGCUUAAGUUUAGUUGGUUUGUUUUUUAUCUUUUAUUAUUUGUUUAAAACAAGAAGAAAAUCAAAACUAAUUGCCAAGCCACCAAGAGAUCAACAUAUCACUAGAAAGUAAUAUAUUUAAAAACAAAAAAACAUUCACACAACAUCGACACAUCACAGCGCAAAAAAAAAAUAAACAAAAUCACAUUUUAUUUAAGAUUGUGCAACAAAUGCAAGGCAGCUGUUAGUUUUAGUUAUAUUUUUUUUAUAUUAUAAUAAUUUUUGCUUAUUUUAUUAUGUUAUAGUUUAUUUAAUAAUAAUUUUACAAUUUUUCUUCUUCUACCACACAAUUCCCGUACAUUCCGUCCAAUUUAAUUUGUUUGGGUUUUGUAUUAUUCAAAAACAAUAUUUAGUUUUCAAGACAAUUUUUCAAAAAAUUCUUUUAUUAAAAACAAAAAAUAACAGAACAAUUUGCUCAAAAUGAUUCUUCUGUAAUUUGCUAUUUAUAAAAAAAUUUAUUGCAGAAUAUAUUUGUAUUUUAUGUACAAAACUAUUUUAUGUAUAAACAAAAUGUGUAAAACAAAAUAUAAUAAAUUCAAAAAAUAUGUCCUUCCUUCCUUUCUUAUCUUCCAUCGAAUUAACGGUAAUCAUUUAAAUGUUAUCAACAAAUUAAGAUUGAAAAUAUAUUUGUAACAAAUGUACGCACUGAAGUAAGGAUGAAAUCUUAUUUGAAUUUGAAUUAUUUAUAAGUUAGAUUUAAGAUGAAUU